AUGCCACUUUAUUCCAAGUUCAUGAAGGACAUCCUCACCAAGAAGGGGAAGUAUAUUGACAAUGAAAACAUUAUGGUGGGAGGCAAUUGCAAUGCAAUGAUACAGAGGAAACUACCCAAGAAAUUCAAAGACCCCAGAAGUGUAACUAUCCCUUGCACCAUAGGGAAAGAGGCGAUAGACAAGGCCCUCAUUGACUUAGGAGCAAGUAUCAAUCUGAUGUCCCUAUCAAUGUGCAAGAGAAUUGGUGAUCUGAAGAUAGACCCUAUCAGGAUGACGCUUCAGCUAGCAGACCGUUCAAUCGCAAGACCAUAUGGGAUGGUAGAAGAUGUCCUAGUCAAAGUCUGCCACUUCACUUUUCCAAUGGACUUUGUCAUUAUGGAUAUCAAAAAAGACACAGAGAUUCCUCUUAUCUUAGGCAGACCCUUCAUGCUGACUGCCAAUUGGUGGUGGAUAUGGGGAAUGGAAAUCUAG